AUGUUUUCUACAAAUAUAUUACUCAUUUUGAUUAUAAAUACACCCAUCGUUUUUCCAAAAUCACACCUUAAGCGGACUUCGGAUGACGAAAAUGAAAUACUUCAAGAAGAUGACAAAGAGCCACUGAAAGUUCCAGAAGAUGUGGAAGUUUUCAAUGUAACAGCCAAUAAGCCUAGUCACUGCUGGCCAAGUUUCAGCGUGGACAAAUAUUUUAAUAUCUUAGACAAUCUGGACGCGCAAUAUGCUCAAGUCCGCAAUAAUUUUCAAGCUGCAGUUGGUAGUGAUAAUUUCGAUACUGAAAUGCUGAAGAUCCUAGUAAACACUGGUGGUGUUGCAGAACGAACCGCUUAUCAUGUAGGAGGCAAUCGUGGUCUUAUACCGGCAGGGAUAAAUCUGGGCGGCUAUUGUAUGAUGAGGGCUCCUAAGAAUAUUUUAUUCUUCCACCGUAUGAAGCUGCGAAAUGACACCCACUUUAAAAUCGAGUACCUCCACAAUGACCUCGAGAACAUGGUGCUAAAUACGAAGAUAAAUUUAAAUGACGUGCAUUUGUUGGGAUCUUUCGACCGUGCUGUAACCGAUAAAGAUCCUUCCAAACUAUUCUAUAUGCCAACAUUUGGACAGGCUGAGUUUCUAUUAAAAAAUGUAAAAUAUAAAAUGGAAGGACGCUAUCGCCUAUUGCAUAAUACGCUGAAUCUUGUACUCGCAAUCUCGGACAUUCAAAUGGACGACAUCAUUAUGGUGGUAAGUAUUUAA